ACUUCCACAUCAUCACUGCUGUUGACUCAAUAGUCUACAUCACCAACACCCUCGAAUAGAAUGGAUCCAGCACAACCCAUCAAUAUUCCUCGAACUUCCCAGCCACAUGAAGUCCAUACUACGGCUACCAAUGGUAACGGAAGUUCUGUUGCGCAGCCGAAUAACUCGGCACCACUAGUAGUUGCAACUACCAAUACCGAUGGAAUUCCACCCAAUGCAGCCAAUUCUACCAAAGGUUAUGUCACCAUGGCAGGUUUUACUGCUCUCCUGGACAGGGAAUGUUCCAAACACAAAACAACCCCUUUUCAAUUUGUUCAUGAUCCACCCAACCCAAAGGAGAUUCUAUCCAGACCAUACCCAAAGAAAUAUGAAAGUCCUACAUUCUUGCAGUACAAUGGAAGGAAAUGCAGUGCUGUGGAGCACGUCAGUAAUUUCCUUAAUGCCAUGAGGGCUCACGCGGAUGACAAAGAUUUAUGUCUAUGUGAGUUCUCAAAGUCUCUCUCUGAUAGAUCUUAUACAUGUGAAGAGUGCAUCACCAUCCUUGAUCUCCAUAACACCAACCAAUACAUUGGUGAGGAUUUAAUGGUGUAUGUGAAAAGAUGUAGGGAUUUGGCACUCGAUUGCUAUGGUGGCCAAGCUGAAUCCUUCGUAAUGGAAAUAUGCAUCAACAACAUGUUUCCAGAAUAUCGCACUGCCCUUGAAAACAUCGGGAUCAACCAGUUUGCAAGGCUACUCAAUGCCACCAAGAGAACAGCCAUUUCUGUCAAAGCCAUCUCUAAUGGGAAAUCUGUAGCGAAGUUGACAGAAAAGAAAACCGUGGCUCACACCUUGGCUGUCUUUGUUUGGGACCAAGACAAAGGACAGAAAAGAAGAGAUCAUGGUGCGGCACUGCCACCAACUAUUCCUCUCAUUGUCAAAGAACUCGACGUGAUGUAUCAUCGAUGGGUUUCAGAAAGGCUAUUAGAAGUGCCAAACAAGAGACAGAGGGUGGACGAAGAUCCUUUCGCACACCACAACUUAGGUGCCGUCAAUGUUCUCACUCAUGUGGAGGCGUUGGAGCAACUUGGUUUCACUAUUGAGGCGCGACGAAGAACCACAAAGGCCAUUCUCUCCAUCGCCAAUGAGGUUGGACGAGAAUGCCUCAACACUAAAGCACAUAUCAACUCUGUUGGUGACAAGCAUGCACUGGUUGAUACAACAUCCUCUCUCAACCUGAUACCAUUGAGCACCAUCAUCCUGCAGGAAUCCCCCAACGAAGAAUCAUCAAGUCUCCACUCAGCAUUAUUGGCUUUGACAGUAGCAGAGAGUAUGCCCUUGGAUACAUUGAGACCCACUUUGCUGAAACUGCUUUUUGUGAUGAAUUCACCCCCUCUGGCAAAGCGACAGUAUCUCGCCAAGGUGGCCUUGUCCUGCCAACAUGGAAUGACAUCAAAGAUAAACCUGAUCUUGAUCUGCGAAGCAUCUUGGAACAUAAAAGAUAGAAGAAAGAGGUGCGCGGGAACUCUCGGCCAUGCACAAGAUGGCCCCAUCGCCAGUAGUGUAGCCAUGUCUUUGGAUCAUCUAUUCUUCACUUCGGAGGGAGACACUUCAAUUGCUGAACAUCUAGUACUGCCAGACAAGCUGCCAACCCUUCACUAUGCUCAACUGGCCCUCACUUCUCUAGAGUCCCUCGAAGCUGUUGAUCUUGGAGAUGAUUUAGCGAACCCCAGGCAUGAUCUUAUGCUUAGAUUGUCGACCAUAUUUGUCCCCAUCCAAGGUAGACCACUUAAAGUCUAUUUGUCUACUUCUAACAAAGCUGUGAGUGCACUGGUUGCCCAAGAUGACCAAGAAGGCAAGGAACAGCCAGUUUAUUAUCCCAUGCUCAUUGGCCGUCUUGCUAAUUGGCUCCUUCAACUAUCUCAAUAUGAUAUUACCUACGUUAAUCCCACUGCCAUAAAGGGGCAAGCUGUUGCAGACUUGCUGUCUAAGUUUUCUAGUGAAGUUCAGUAUCCUAUAUCUGACAAAGUCCCAGCUAAAGGGGCUCGGAUUGGCAUUAUUCUCAAAAAUGACAAAGGCCAUGAUACGGUAUUUUUAUUCGAGCUUGAUUUUCAGUGCACGAAUAAGACUGUAGAGUACGAAGCUUAUCUUAUUGGGCUUGUUAUGGCUAAAAAGACUGGUGCACAGCGCUUGAAAAUUAUUGGCGAUUCAGGUCUGAUCCUUGGCCAAGUUCAAGCUCAUGGUUAUUAUUGGCCAAGCAUGAAGCAAGAUGCUGCAGAUUUCAUUCGACGAUGUCACACUCGCCAGGUUCAUGCUAGCCUUAUCCAUUCCCAUCCUAAUUUGUUGCAAGAUAUGACAACUCCUUGGCCUUUUCAAACUUGGGGCUUAGAUCUCAUCAAUCCCAUUCACCUUUCAUCUGAGGGUUACAUUUGGAUAUUGGUGGCCACCAAAUGUUUCACCAAAUGGGUGGAAGCCAUUCCUCUUCGUAAGGCUACAGGCCCAGCGGUGUUAAACUUUAUCAAGGAACACAUAAUCUGCCAUUUUGGGAUCCCAUACAAAAUUGUAAGUGGCAAUGGAACUCCUUUUGUUAAUCAACAUGUGCGAAAAUUGCUGGACACUUAUAAGAUCAAGCAUUGGAAGUCCACUCCCUAUUACCCCAAGGGCAAUGGUCAAGUAGAGGCAACUAACAAAAGUUUGCUAAGAAUUCUUAGCAAAAUGGUCUAUGAGUACGAAGGAGGGUGGAGCAUUCAUUUGCAAGAUACUCUUUGGGCACAUCGAACGUCAUCCAAGACUGCUACAAGUUUGUCACCUUAUUUUCUAGUAUAUGGUUGCGAUACAAUCCUUCCUGAUAAAGUCUUAGUGCCAACUGCACGCAUCUUGGCUGCAUUUGAGUUGGACAACGAUGUUGACAUUUGUGGCCAAAGGAAUUGAAGACUUGGAGUCUAUUGAGGCACUUCAUCAGAUAGCACAAGAAAAGGCUUAGAAAUAC